AUGGCCUCACCAGCGACCGAGACGGCACAAAAAAGCGCCUCAAACCCUCCACAACCAGCACCAUCAACCACACCCGCGCCAACCACUCAAACAACCCAACCAACCAACGACCAACAACCCACUAGCACACAAGACGAUGGCCUCUCGCGCCGUCCACGCGAUGCGCGCCUGAUUCAUCUCAUUCUCUCCGCCCAAGGCGUGCACAGCUACCAAGAACGCGUCCCCCUUCAACUCCUCGACUUCGCAUACCGCUACACCUCUUCCGUCCUCGCCGACGCAUUCAGACUAUCUUCAGAAGGCUAUGCUUCUGCCCCCGGCGCACCUACAAAUUCCAAACGAUCAGAGGCUACCGAUGGUAGUAACAUUACUGUGAAUGCUCUACGUCAAGCCAUUGCAUCACGCCAGGACUACCAAUUCCAGGGUGCGUUGCCCAAGGAGUUUAUGAUGGAACAAGCAGUAGAAAGAAAUCGUGUUGCGCUGCCGAAGAUUCAAAAGAGUUGGGGUGUGCAGUUGCCGCCGGAAAAGUACUGUCUCACAGGCACCGGCUGGAGUUUACGGGACUUGUGGGAGGAGGAUGAGGUUGUGGAGGAAGGAAACAGCAAAAGAGAGGGUAAUGGGGAUGUGAGGAUGGAAGGUGCGGGUGAUGUCAAGACUGAUGCUGAGGAAAAGGAUGCCAUGGACAGUUUUGAGGAUGUGUUUGGCGGUGGUGCGCAAGGGGAUGGCGACGGCGAUCAGGAAAUGACUGAGGCUUGA